CAGUGGUCCACUCGGUACUUCCUACCCUUCAGGUCAAACUCAAUGGCAGAAUUCGCAUAUCAACCCUACCAUGUCAUCCUUUACCCAUCCUUUCAACCCGCUCACACCGAGUGAGAUCUCCAAGGCCGCAGCUUUGGUUUGCCCACUAUUCGCCGGUCAAAGCCCCAGCUUUCGGGUCAUCACCCUGAGAGAACCACCGAAACAUGAAAUGAUUCCAUUCCUCGCGAGCGAGCAUCGCGGAGAACCCGCGGCGGCUCGCCCUGCUCGUGUCGCUCGGGUGCAGGUCACAGUUCCCGGUGAUUCUGGACCGGGAAAAUUCUUUGAAUUAUUAGUUGAUCUGGAUCAGAGGGCUGUUGUCAGGAGAGAGCACCUUGCGGGCAAACACCCGUAUAUUGACUCCUCUUACAUGAAGGCCGUCGAGAAAGCUUGUCUCGGCGACCAGCGUAUCCAGGCUGAGAUCAACAAGCUUGAAUUGCCACCCAGUGCUUCCGUCAUCGUUGAGCCGUGGGCAUAUGCCACGGAUGGUUUGAAUGAUAUGUCGCAGCGAACGACUAUGUGUUGGUUUUACAUGCGACUGGUGAGCAAUGAGGACGCCAACUAUUAUGCCUAUCCGCUAGACCUGUGCGCCGAGGUGUCGGAGCAGCUUCAAGUCACCAAAAUCUAUCAUUUGCCGUCUACAAAGGAUGAGCGCAUUCACGAAGAUGCAAAGCCGUUUGAUCGCCGUAAAAUCCAGUCCAUGGAUGCUAGCGAGUAUCACCCCAAUUUGCGGCCCCCUCGGCGAACGACAGUCAAGCCAUAUCAGGUUGUGCAGCCCGAGGGACCGUCAUUUAAAACACGGGGCAACUUCUUGCAAUGGGAAAAGUGGAGCAUGCAUAUUGGUUUCAAUUACAGAGAGGGUUUGACGCUCCAUGAUGUAUGCUAUGAUGGCCGCAGUCUUUUCUACCGCCUGUCCCUGGCCGAGAUGUUUGUUCCCUAUGGUGAUCCCCGUGCGCCUUUUCCCCGUAAGGCGGCGUUUGAUCUGGGCAAUGACGGCGCCGGUAUUAAUGCGAACAACUUGCGUCUUGGUUGCGACUGCCUGGGCCUGAUCAGAUAUUUUGAUGGAUGGCACACCACUUCGUCUGGAGAGCCAUUGAAGAUGCCGAAUGUUGUUUGCUGCCACGAACAAGAUGAUGGGAUUUUAUGGAAGCACACUAACUUCCGUACGAAUAAUGCUGUCGUCACUCGGUCCCGCAUUUUGGUCCUACAGACCAUUAUCACUGUAAGUAACUACGAGUACAUCUUCAAUUUCCAAUUCGGACAAGAUGCCUCGAUUCAUUAUGAGGUUCGCGCCACGGGUAUCCUAUCCACGGCUCUAAUCAAUAUCGGCGACCGCGUGCCAUGGGGUACUGUUGUCGCCCCCGGCGUUGUUGCACCUUACCAUCAGCACUUAUUUAAUCUCCGUAUUGAUCCUGCUGUUGAUGGCCACUCCAACUCUCUCCAAGUAGAGGAAUCGAACCCGAUGCCGGUAAAUGAUCCCAUGGUCCACAAUCCCUUCGGAGUUGGAUACACUACCAGCUCCCAGAUCAUCGGUAAAGAGGGCGGCCUGGAUCUCGACUUUACCAAGAACCGCAGUUUCAAGAUCAUCAACGAGAAUGUGAUUAACCCAAUUACCGGUACCCCGGUGGGCUUCAAACUAUUACCGUCCUACAGCCAGAUGCUUCUCUCGCAUCCGCAAUCCUACCAUGCACGAAGAUCUGAGUUUGGCGAGCAUGCUGUAUGGAUCACUCGUUAUCAGGAUGAUGAGCUCUUUCCUGCUGGCAGGCACACCAUGCAGUCAACUGGUGGCGACGGCAUUGCCUCGGCCAUCAAGGCGCGCCAACACGAUGCUAGCAAAGCAUCAGUUCGCAACGAAGAUAUUGUAAUCUGGCACACUUUCGGCUCCACACACAAUCCUCGGAUUGAAGAUUGGCCUGUGAUGCCGUCAGAGAAAAUGACAGUUGGGCUAAAGCCUGCCAACUUCUUCACUGGGAAUCCUGGUCUCGACGUUCCCGUAUCCACUCAAGAGAAAAAUAAGAGUGUUCUGGUUGAGAAUGAUGCCCAGUCCGGCUCUGUAUGCUGCAGGCUGUAACUCUUCAUUUAUUAUCAUUAUUUGUCGUGUUUUGAGCGUCUUACGAUUGAUUGUCAUUCCGUGAAACUACUUUUGUAGUCCAAUAUCCAUCAUAUAAAUAUGAUAAAUCAUGCC